CACGAGGUUUUCAAUAUUUGCGUGGUCGUUGGGUUGGAAGUUUUUGUUUGUCCAAUAAGUGUAAAAAAAUGCCUAAAAUCAGGAAAGUGCAUAGAAAAAAAAAAUUCCGAGCAAACGUUAAUCGUAAAAGACUCCGGAACAAAUUGAGGAAACUUCCAACUAUCGAAUGUAAAGAAAUCAAGGAGGCAUGGUCGGAGAAGUCGUCCAUUGCCACAAAUUUAACGCAAAUGGGCCUAGCCUAUGAUCCUAACAAAGUCUUGCAAAUUCCAAACAUAAAAAAACACAUGUUACAGUCUGUAACACAGAACAAAAUUGAUGGAACCGAAGAAAGUGAUGGGCUAACAACUAGGAAGAAAAACAGAAAAGUAGUGCCGAGAAAGGCACAUGUUGCUAAAAUUUUGGAGGAAGAAGCUAAUUGGCCAAGGGCCAGGCUGUUUCGUUUACCUAACAACGAAGUUCAGUUUGCUACAUACAUGAUGGACAAAUACGGAGACGAUUACGAGGCAAUGGCAAGGGAUCAUAGGAAUUACUAUCAGUUAACAUCAUGUCAAAUAAGGCGGAAGAUUGAAAAGUUUAAGAGUAUCCCUGAACAGUAUGCCAAGUAUUUAGUCGAGAAAGGAGAAAUUGUUUUGGAUGAUCCAACUCCGCUAAAAGAAAUCAAACCCCAAGAUAUUUUAGUGGAGCCAGUAAAAAGUACAUCAAAAUCAAAGAAAUCGAGGAGGAAGAAACAGGCUAAUUUACUUGAAGCUGCAAGAGAAGACGAAAACAACGACGAAGUCGAUUUCACUACAGUCCAAACACUCAAUGACGAUGAUGAAGUUCUUAAUUCAAAAGAGGUACAAUCUAAUGGAGAAAAGAAACUGAAGUUGUUUUCAGAUGAUGAAAAUAUACCAGAUGAAAGUGAUGGUGAAGUUACUGAUGAUGAUGGCAAUUGUUCUGAUAGUGAUGAAAAUACCGAUAUGGAUGAGGGUGGUGAUGAAGGUGAUAUGAUAGUCAAUAUUACAAGAAACAAGUCAAAAUCCAAAAGUCACGCAUCAAACAGCUUACUAACGAAAAUGAGUACUAAAAAUAUUUCAAAGGAUAAAACAAAAAAAAUAACCGGCCAACUUAAAACACAAUUAAUUUCUCGAAAAACCAGUAUGAAAAAACAGAAAUCUAAGAAAUUUAAACUUAAAUAA